UUACUCUGGAGGCGAAGAGGCUGGGACUGGCGCGGCGAGCCGCGAGGACCGAGCCUGCCUCCUGCCCGCCGGCCGCGAGCUGGCUCUGCUUCUAAGCGCAGUCUAGCCGUGAGGCCCGUGCCGAGGGAGCCUCCUGGCCCCGCGGUUGUGCGCUCUCGGGGAGAGGAGGGGUGCCCCGGACAGGAUUGGCAAACUCCGCCCUCCACUUAUUAUUUUGCUUAUUUUUCUUUGUGCGCGCUUGUUAGUUUGUUAAACCAGAUCUAGUCCCAGAGUCUUUUCUCCUCCCUUCUCCCCCCUCCUCCCCCCUCCAGGUCCUUCUACUUCCCCUCCUCCCUCCUAUCCCUCUGCAGGAGACUCGCAGCGACGGAAAGUUGCAGCCCCUGGUACUGCCUUGGGGGUCUCCCGACAGUGUCCAACCGCCUCCACCCCUCUCCGACUGCGACACUUCGGAGAUCUCCUUCGCCCGCACCCUCGUUUCAGCCGGAUCGCUGGUGACCAGAACGCCCCACCCAUGACGAUGCUCCUGGACGGAGGCCCGCAGUUCCCCGGGCUGGGAGUGGGCAGCUUCGGCGCGCCGCGCCACCACGAGAUGCCCAACCGCGAGCCGGCGGGCAUUGGGCUGAAUCCCUUCGGGGACUCGCCCCACGCCGCCGCCGCCGCCGCUGCCUUCAAGCUGAGCCCCGCCGCGGCUCACGAUCUGUCUUCCGGCCAGAGCUCGGCGUUCACGCCGCAGGGUUCGGGUUACGCCAACGCCCUGGGCCAUCAUCACCACCACCAUCACCACCAUCACCACGCCGGCCAGGUGCCCAGCUACGGCGGUGCCGCCUCCGCCGCCUUCAACUCCACUCGCGACUUUCUGUUCCGCCAGCGCGGCUCUGGGCUCGGCGAGGCGGCCUCGGGUGGCGGGCAGCACGGGCUCUUCGCCGGCUCGGCGAGCAGCCUGCACGCUCCGGCUGGCAUUCCUGAGCCCCCUGGCUACCUGCUCUUCCCCGGGCUGCACGAGCAGGGCGCCGGGCACCCGUCGCCCACCGGGCACGUGGACAACAACCAGGUCCACCUGGGGCUGCGCGGAGAGCUGUUCGGCCGCGCCGACCCGUACCGCCCGGUGGCCAGCCCGCGCACGGACCCCUACACGGCCGGCGCGCAGUUCCCUAACUACAGCCCCAUGAACAUGAACAUGGGCGUGAACGUGGCGGCCCACCACGGGCCCGGCGCCUUCUUCCGUUACAUGCGGCAGCCCAUCAAGCAGGAGCUGUCGUGCAAGUGGAUCGACGAGGCUCAGCUGAGCCGGCCCAAGAAGAGCUGCGACCGGACCUUCAGCACCAUGCACGAGUUGGUGACACACGUCACCAUGGAGCAUGUGGGGGGACCGGAGCAGAACAACCACGUCUGCUACUGGGAGGAGUGCCCCCGCGAGGGCAAGUCCUUCAAGGCGAAGUACAAACUGGUCAAUCACAUUCGGGUGCACACGGGCGAGAAGCCCUUCCCUUGCCCCUUCCCAGGCUGCGGGAAGAUCUUUGCCCGCUCCGAGAACCUCAAGAUCCACAAGAGGACCCACACAGGUGAGAAACCUUUCAAAUGUGAAUUUGAAGGCUGUGACAGACGCUUUGCCAACAGCAGCGACCGCAAGAAGCACAUGCAUGUGCACACCUCGGACAAGCCCUAUAUCUGCAAAGUGUGCGACAAGUCCUACACGCACCCGAGCUCCCUGCGCAAGCACAUGAAGUAUAGAUUCUUUACAGUGUCAGUUUCCAUCUGGGAAGACCCUCCUUUCUUUAUCUCUAGCUCAGAUGGUUGUUUAACUGCGAGUUUAAAUGUGUUUGUCCUGGAUUUUCGGCAUGCAAAUCAAGUAUUACUGAUCAAUUCAGUUAGUGGCCAUGACAUCUCAAUCUUGUACUUCAAAGACUGAGAAGCUGGAUUUAAUCAUCCCUGCCCUACAUAUAUAAACAUAAGGUAACCUAAUGAGUUUUCUGUCCCUUAGUUUUUUUUUUAUUAUCUUGCAUAAAAAUGAACAUUGCGGCAAGAUGCAUGUCUGUCUAUUCUAUUGAGAGAUCACCCAUAUACCUAUAUAUGUUUGUAUCUAUGACGUAUCUAAUCUGCCUAUCAAAUCUAUCUAUCUAUAUAUUUUCAAAAGUAAGCAUAUGUCUGAAACAGUGGUGAUGAGUAAGGCCAGUCGAGCCGUGCUUACUUAUGAUUAAAGUGCUUCUUAAAAGAACCAUAGUCCAUUUACAAUUUUGGAAGGCAAAGGCUGGUUUGUUUUGCUGUAUAUAGUUCAAUUCGUAAUUAUCACAAUUAUUCAUAACAUUUUUAUAGCGGUGUAAUAACUGCAGCGGUUCUGAAAUAUUAUGGAAAGAAAAAACAUUUGCAAAAUAUGUAUUUUUAAAGUUCAUGGUUUGUAGGCAAAGAUGUUAAGAGCAUUGUUUCCAUUAAAAUCAAUAACAAUGAAAAAUGGUUGUUUGCUUUGUGAUAAAAUAUUAACAAUCCAUUUAAUCUUCAGCGAAGCAACUCAUUUGGACAAACAGUUCUCUUACAGUUAUAUGAAAAAGAAAGUGAUUGCUAUUUUGGGGGGGGGUGGAGUGGGUAGAGUACUGAGAGAGUUUUUUUUUGUUUUUUUACUAAUUUAGGGUGCUGUUUAAUAUUGAGAGCCCAAUCUCUUCAUGAAUAACCAACUUGCAAAUCAGCAAAUAGAAUGGUGGAGAUAAGGAAUUGUGAAGAAUUUAGAAAUGUAAUGAAUAGGCCAAGUACCUCCUUCUCUUGAAGGGGCAGUGCUCUAGGAUUUUUGGUGGCAGUCAGUUUGGUAUUAUACAUAAUCAUUUUGAAUUCUAGAAUUUUGUUUAUUGUUCUUUUUGAAGAAAUAAAGUCUUGGCACAUCUAUUUAUAACUUUUUGUAUUUGGUGCCUGAUUUUCUUCCAUGUUCAAAUAAAUCGACCUUAAAUUGAAAUGCUCAGAGAAGUUCUGAUGAUUAAACGAAACUUUGAUUCCCUGGACACAGUUGAAGCAGUGUAUUUUAAGUUAUCUACUGAUCUUUGUCAACAGUUAAUUAUUGACAGUUUCUAAUUGCAAAAUGCUUUGGAUGCGAUUUUUUGUUUGUGGAG